AUGCUUGUUGAUGUCAAUUUUGAUAGUGCAACUAUGCUAGUGCUGUGCGGCAAAGCUAGUGCUGGUACAGGUUUCAAAAAAGAAAAUGAUACUGUGGUUAUCGGCUUCAAUUUUGAUAGUGCGGCAAAGCUAUUGCUGUGCGGCGAAGCUAGUGUUGGUACAGGUUUCAAAAAAGAAAACGAUACUGUGGUGAUGAUUGUCGACUUUGAAAGCAGUGUGAAACGGUUGCUAGUGCAAGUUUGA